CCGAGCGGCUGAGGGGCUGCGCGCGCUCGCCCUCAGCUAUGGCGGGAGCCCUGGAGUCGCUGGAGUCGUGCCUGGAGCGGCACAUCCCGCCCGGGGAACUCGCCGAGGUGAAGCGGAUCCUCUAUGGGGGCGAGGCCAGAAAACUUGACUUGCCAAGUGCUGCACUGUCAGCAGCUCAGGAAAGAGAUUUUGAGCUACAGGGCUAUGGAUUUGAAGCUGCUUCGGAGCAAUUGAGAAGGCCACGUAUUGUUCGAGUGGGACUGAUACAGAAUAAAAUUCCUCUUCCCACAGACACAGCAGUGGCAGUCCAGGUGGCUGCUCUGCACAGACGCAUUGAGGAGAUGGUGGGAGUGGCUGCAAUGUGUGGGGUCAACAUUGUGUGUUUCCAGGAGGCUUGGACCAUGCCCUUUGCUUUUUGUACAAGAGAGAAACUUCCUUGGACUGAAUUUGCUGAGUCAGCAGAGGAUGGGCCAACAACAAAAUUCUGUCAAGAGCUUGCAAAGAAGUACAAUAUGGUUGUGGUGUCUCCAAUCCUGGAGCGAGAUGAACUGCACGGUGGAAUUCUGUGGAAUACUGCAGUGAUCAUUUCUAAUUCUGGAGCACUCCUUGGCAAAAGUAGGAAAAAUCAUAUUCCAAGGGUUGGAGAUUUCAAUGAGUCUACUUAUUACAUGGAAGGAAAUACAGGACACCCAGUGUUUCAGACACAGUUUGGGGCAAUUGCUGUGAACAUCUGUUAUGGGCGCCACCACCCUCUGAACUGGCUCAUGUAUAGCAUGAAUGGAGCAGAGAUCAUCUUUAACCCUUCAGCCACUAUAGGGACACUCAGCGAGGCGCUGUGGCCAAUUGAAGCCAGAAACGCUGCCAUAGCCAAUCACUGCUUCACAUGUCCCAUCAACAGAGUAGGAACGGAAUACUACAAAAAUGCCUUUACUUCUGGAGAUGGUGGAAAAGCACACCACGAGUUGGGCCAUUUCUAUGGCUCGAGUUACGUAGCUGCACCAGACGGCAGCAGGACCCCGGGACUCUCUCGCACUCAGGAUGGGCUGCUGGUGGCAGAGAUGGACCUAAACCUCUGCAGGCAAGUUGGAGAUAAAUGGAAUUUUAAGAUGACUGGUAGAUAUGAAAUGUAUGCAGAAAAGCUUGCUGAAGCAAUCCAGCCUUUCUUUAUACCCAAUAUCAUCAAAGAGUAAGAGAGAGCAUCUCAUUACACUCAAAUGUUACAAGACAAAUUCGAAGUUACUGUUGGAUGAUAGCUUUACUGUGAAUCACAAGUUGCUGUUUUAAUGUUGUCAGUUUAAUUUCAUGUAACCAAUUUUAAUUAAUAGGAUUCAAAACUGUGUUACGUAAAAUAACUGAAAAUGAAUUCUUAAGUGUUUGGUAUUUACACUAAUGAGUCCAAAGUUUUGUUCCUUGCCAGAAGUACAUCCAGUGUUUUUCUAGAGUAGAAACACAUACAGCGUACUGUGAUAUAGUUGAUAGGAUGAGUUCAGAGGACAUGAAAUUUUUUACCUAAAUUUUGCAUUGUACAUCUAUUUCUGCUUUCUAGUUUUUACCCUCUGCCCAAAAGCAUAAUUUAGGGGAGAAACGAAGCAGAAAUUGUUUUCAUCUGGGUUGUAUUUUUCUGCUUACUCAUUCUACUUGAUGCAGUUCUGUUACAGCCGAGUAAUGUCCCAGACAUUAUUUGAAGAUCUGUGGGUGCUGCAAAGCAAGACCACUUUGGUUCUGUUGACUUUUACACAACCACAGCUGGAGCAGUGUCUUUGCUGGGCCCCUUCAAGGUGCAGAAGUUGUGCUCAGAGAGAUGCUUUGGGAUCUUCCAAAGCUCACUGCCCUGAUGGGAAGCAGAAAUAGAGACCCUGGCCAAAUGCACAGGCAAGGCUGGGGCAGUUGCAUGCUUCUCCCUGUGAACAGAAAGUUCAGGAUGGGUAAGGAAAACUCCUUCCCUGGGGCUGCACUCCAGUAGGAUGUGUGGUGGCUGCAGAGUACACAAACCAGCUGUGGAAUAAAGGUAGUAAUGAUACAUUUGUUCUUCUUAGGCGUACUGUGUUCUGAAAUUUUGCUUCAUAUGAUUUGGGUCAUGGCAAUAGUUCAGGCAAUGCAGACUGAAUACAAUUUACAGCCCAGCAACUAUAAAUUUGUAGUUGUAAUAUUUGAACUCUUUUGUUUUUCUAAAUUAGUUUCAGAUUUUCAAAAACAUUUAAACUUGUUAAUAAAUGAACUUGCUACAUUA